CUCUAAAUGGAGUUAUGACUCUACAGGCUACAGGUGGCAUCAGGAGCUACCGCCUGCAGUGUUUGAUUUAAGCUCUUCAGUUGGGAUGUGCAUAGCUGCUUCCUUCUGUGGGGGCUUCUCCUGCCUUCACAGGAGACAGUGCCUCUUUCCCCUCUUUUUGUUUUUUCCAGGUGAGAAACAGGAAUAGUAUUUCUUUCCCGAUCCACCUCAGGGGUUGAAAAAUGGAAAGAAGAUCAUUUGGGGAUUUUUAUUUAGGCUUUCAGGGAAUUCGUUACCGUGUGCGAAUAACUUUCAGUUCUGUCUCAUGGAACUCUCAAAACGACCAUGUAGAAUAGGAGAGGACCACUCACCCGGUUCACAGGGAGGACACAGGCCAGGGGGGCCCGGCUCAGAGGCCACUUAGUGGCAGGGCUGGGGACUGUUUCUUGGCUCUACAGACCUCUCCCUGUAGCCGGUCAGAGGAUCCUGUAACUAACCUGACAAGUGGCUCUCACGUGCACACCUCCAGUGCUUGGGCAGCUUGCUGCCACCCACGGUGGCCCGUAUUCUAGAAAUUGGCUUUGAUGGUUGGCUGUCAUUUGUCACAGUACACAGCGGGUGGAUUUUAGGAUUUCCAGCUGCUGUGUGUUCAGGGGGAGAGGAGUUUGUGGAAAUAUUCAGAGAACAUAUAGAGCCAGCCAGAAUGACAGUACCACUGAUAAUGCCGACCCGACAGUGUCACUUCCUUCCUGGUACACACAGUGGCUUCCUGGUUCCCUGAGGAGUGAGCCCAGCUCCUUGAUGUGCCCCCCAUGAAAUGAGUCCACCUCAAACCACCUCUCCCUGCCACACCCAUCUCCACGCCCCUCAGUGUCUUCCUGAAGCAAGUGUCCUCUGUCUGGACCACCCUCACCUCCUGGCCCUCGGCUCCUACAAGUCUCUGAGCUCCGCAAAGGCCCUGCACACUGGAUUGUUCUCCUGUCCACUCAGUCGGACUGGGAGCUGGGAGGGACAGGUCUGCUUGUGAUUCUUCUGCCCUGGUGCUCAGCCUGGAGAAUGGAACAAAAUGAAUGGUUGCCUAGGCUGUGCACUCACAGACAUCUCUGCUGCUCUCGGAAGCCUGAGGGGAAAGUCAAACAGCGCCCUGGCCUUGGAUUAGCUUUGGCAUUAUAGACGCAGGCGCUCCAAUAUUUAUCCAGAUAAUGGAAACCUGCUCUCAGCUCAGCGACAGGCAGCCGGGACCUCCCUAGAGCUGUCUGAGACCUGGGCCCCUCCCUGGUGCCCAAGCCUCUCCCCUCUCUGUGUGCUGAACUGAAAAGUUGGAACUCUUGGGAGAGGGGCCGGUGUGUGGAGGGACAAGCCUGGUCCAGGCUCUGCCCAGGGUAGCUCUGUGGCCUUGACUGUGUCCUUCGUAUCCUGGUUUCCUGUCCCUUUGUGAACAAAGGAGGCUGGUCUGGGUGGUCCCAUGGGUCCCUGCUGAUGGAACUGGCCAGGAGUAAGAGAGUCUCAGUGAGGGGGCCUAACUUGGGACUUUCCGGGCUCAGCGUGGGGUGGGUAAAUCUUUAACUAGCUAGCCCUGGGCAGGCGGGAGCUUUACGGAUGGAUGACCGCCGGGCUGGCGGGUUGGGGGCGGGAAUGAACCCUGUGGAGACAGUCCCCGUGCGGCGGAAAAGAGCUGGUAUUGGAGAGGGAGCCCUCCAAGGAAAGGAUCCAGACUCGGGCGGGGCUAAUGCCGGGCGCAGAGCUGGACAUGGAGGAACGUGGCUCUCCCGACGGGGACCCGGCGCGGAGCGUGGAGCAGGGGUCAGAGGGGCCGGAAACGCCCAUCCAAGUGGUGCUCAGGGUGCGUCCGAUGAGCGCGGCCGAGCUGCGUCGAGGAGAGCAGAGCGCGCUGCACUGCUCGGGGACCCGGACUCUGCAGGUGAGCCCCCCGGGCGGGGGCCCGGACGUGGCGUUCCGCUUCGGCGCGGUGCUGGACGGGGCGCGCACGCAGGAGGACGUGUUCCGGGCCUGGGCUGCUGCUGCGGGGCCAGCGCCUAGGUUCAGCUGGUUUUGCCCCCAGGGGGACGGGGUGCCUGUGCCCCCCAGCCUGGCAGGCAUCAUGCAGAGGACCUUCGCCUGGCUGUUGGACCGCGUGCAGCACCUGGGCGCCCCCGUCACCCUCCGUGCCUCCUACCUGGAGAUCUACAACGAGCAGGUUCGGGACUUGCUGAGCCUGGGGUCUCCCCGGCCGCUCCCCGUUCGCUGGAAUAAGACCCGGGGCUUCUACGUGGAGCAGCUGCGGGUGGUGGAGUUCAGGAGUCUGGAGACCCUGAUGGACCUUCUUCAGAUGGGUCUCAGCCGGAGAAGGAGAUCAGCGCACACCCUGAACCAGGCCUCCAGCCGAAGCCACGCUCUGCUCACGCUCUACAUCGGUCGCCCCACUCCCCAACAGAUGCCUCCCGCGGACCCCGGGGCGCCCCCUGUUGGUGGGAAGCUGUGCUUCGUGGACCUGGCCGGCAGUGAGAAGGUGGCGGCCACAGGAUCCCGUGGGGAGCUGAUGCUGGAGGCCAACAGCAUCAACCGCAGCCUGCUGGCCCUGGGUCACUGCAUCUCCCUGCUGCUGGACCCACAGCGGAAGCAGAGCCACAUUCCUUUUCGGGACAGCAAGCUCACCAAGUUGCUGGCAGACUCACUAGGGGGGCGUGGGGUCACCCUCAUGGUGGCCUGCGUGUCCCCCUCUGCCCAGUGCCUCCCUGAGACUCUCAGCACCCUGCGUUAUGCAAGUCGGGCCCAGCGAGUCACCACCCGGCCUCAGGCCCCCAAGUCCCCUAUGGCAAAGCAGCCUCAGCGUUUGGAGACUGAGAUGCUACAGCUCCAGGAAGAGAACCGUCACCUGCGGUUGCAGCUGGACCAAAGGGACCCCCAGGGCCCAGCACUCCGGGGAGCCCGGGUGGCCUGGGCCCAGCGGAACCUCUACGGCAUGCUGCAGGAGUUCAUGCUGGAGAAUGAGCGGCUCAGGAAAGAAAUAAGCCAGCUGCAGAGUAGCCGAGACCUGGCCCGCGACCAGCAGCGCGUCCUCUCCCAGCAGGUCCUUGAGUUGGAAAGGCGCCUCUGCUCUGCCCGCGCCCCCUGCCAGCCAUGCCCUGUGCCCGGCCCACCGUGCUCCUGCCUGAUGGUGCCAGUCGCCCCCUGCCACGCACUGCCACCCCUCUGCUCCUGUCCCUGCUGCCACCUCUGCCCUCUGUGCCGAGUGCCUCUGGCCCGCUGGGCCUGCCCGCGGAGGGAGCACCACCAGCCGCAGGUGCCAGACCCCGAGGCCCCGGGCGGCUUGCCCCUGUCUGCCCGGCCCCCCGCCUGGGCACCCCCGUGCAGCCCCGGCUCUGCCCAGUGCCCAGGAGGGAGGAGCCACAGUGACUGGACCGAGACCCGCGUCCUGGCAGAGGUGCUGACCGGGGAGGAGGUGGUGCCCUCGGCCCCCCCGCUGCCCAUGGGGCCCCCGAAGACGCCGCCAGUGCUGAAAGGUGGGGCCGGGGUCCUGAACCUCGCCCAGAGACUGGAGGCCCUCAGACUGCAGAUCGGCAGCUCCCUGCGACGGGGCCAGAGCCAGCCACCCACCAGCAAGUGUGCUCAGAGCCCAGACGGAGCCCCCCCUCCCCACUGAAGGCAACGUGGAGACCAGGAGUCUGCCAUGCGCCCCGGGCUGGCUCUCCCGGUUCUGUGAAUGGCAGUGGCUGUGGCUACUCAGCCUGCAGCUGGACUGGGCAGAACAUACCUCCAGGGCCUGGGGGGCUCCUUGGGAAGACAAGUGGAGGAUGCUGCCCUUGAGAUAAGACUGUCCUGAGAAACCAGGCAGCAGGGGACAAAAUGUAUGAAUAAAGAGAGGUGUUGGCUCUGGG